GCCCUCUACAGGGACGUCAUGCAGGAGAACUACGAGGCGGUGACCUUGCUGGAGGGUGCUGGGAUGGUGAAUGAGGAGGAGAAUCCACAGCGGGAAGGUGUUGAGGAUGUGGAUCUGCAGGGAACGGUAUUGGGAAGAUCCGAAGGGGAUUUUUAUGAGAAUCGUAAACCAGGAAAAGCCUGGGGAAAUCAGCGCAGGUCAGAGAUGUUGCUGGGAUAUGACCCAGGGAAGAAAACAUGUGAACCCAUAAAUGAUGGCGGAGAUUGCAAGGACCUCAAGGAAACCACAGCCCAGCAGAGUAUGCCCACCGAAGAGAGAAAAAACACAUGUACCGAGUGUGGGAAAAGCUUCAGUCGAAGUUCACAUCUUAUUUCCCAUCAGAGGAUCCACACGGGAGAGAAACCCUACAAGUGUCUAGUCUGUGAGAAAGGUUUCAAUCAGAGCUCAAACCUUAUUUCCCAUCAGAGGAUCCACACGGGAGAGAAACCCUAUAAGUGCCUUAAUUGUGGGAAAGGUUUCAAUCAAAGUUGCCAUCUUAUUAGGCAUGAGAGAACCCACACAGGUGAGAAACCCUAUAAAUGCCUGGAGUGUGGGAAAACCUUCAUUCAGAGUUCAGAUCUUAUUUCACAUCAGAGAACCCACACGGGAGAAAGACCCUUUAAAUGCCUGGACUGUGGGGAAAGUUUUGAUUGGAACAUGCAGCUUGUUAGACAUCAGAUGCACCACACGGGAGAGAAACCCUACAAAUGUUUGGAUUGUGGGAAGGGGUUUAGUGACAGUUCAGCCCUUAUUACUCACCAGCGACUGCACACAGGAGAGAGACCCUAUAAAUGCCUUGAUUGUGGCAGAAGAUUCAAUCGGAGCUCACACCUGACUCGACACAAGAGAACCCAUUCUGGAGACAAACCCUAUAAAUGCCUGGAGUGUGGGAAAAGUUUCAGUCAGAGCUCAUACCUUAUUUCACAUCAGCGAACACAUACAGGAGAGAAACCCUAUGAAUGCCUCGAGUGUGGGAAAAGAUUCAGUUGGAGCUCAGAUCUGAUUUCACAUCGAAGAACUCACACAGGAGAGAGACCCUAUAAGUGCCUGGACUGUGGGAAAAAUUUUAGUGACAACUCAGCCCUUAUUAAACAUCAGAGAAUCCAUACAGGAGAGAGACCCUAUAAAUGCCUCGACUGUGGGAAAACUUUCAAUCAGAGCUCCACCCAUAUUCGACAUCAGAGAAUCCACACAGGAGAAAAACCUUGAAUGUGGGAGAAGCUUCAGUUGGGGUCAGCGUGUAUGGGGCAUUUGCAAAUCUAUACAGGGAAAAGACCUCUUAAAUAUCUUGUCCAUGGAAAAUGUUUCAAGUGGAACUGACACUGGAGACGCCACACACAAGAGAAAUUUUAUCAAUUCCAGCACUAGGAAUGGCCAUAGUUUAUUAAAAAAAAUCCAAUUCCCCUGCACACGUCUUUGACGUCUUUCACACUAAGUCAGACUCAUGAGGGCUGGAGAUGAGUGUCUCACACCUGGAGGGGGAUUUGUAUAAAUCCCAAACACAGCCUGAUACUUCUGAGCUUCGUUCCCUGGUUCCAUCUAUGGGUAAAGCUGCUUCUGGGCUGUUUCCUACCCAGCUCAGAUUGCAGAAGGGAAUUUGGGUUUUCUCCUUACAUUAGGAUGAUGAUAAAACUUUUGUAAAUAACAUGAUCAUAUAAGAAAGCUCCAACGGAGGCAGGUUUAGGGGAAACCAGGAGUAAAUCUGUUCUCCUGAGUUUGAGAGUCAGAAGAGACAUGCUCUGGGACAUCACUUUCCAUAAACCUAACUGUAUUGUACAACCCGGUCUGUAUUGUGGGUGGUUCCCUCUUUGCUGAAGGCCUUUUGGUCACAUGGAAUCGUAGAAUGUAAGGCCAGAAGGGAUCACAGGCCACCAACCCCACCCAGCAUCCACACACUAAGCCCUACAAUGGAAAUGAAAUACUUCCCAUCUUUGGAUGUUAAUUUAGUUUGAUGUAAUGAACAGCCAAUUUACCGGGGACUUCACAAGACAAAUGACCCUUUGCCAGAAGAGGCCUUAAAAUUUUAUUUGGCCUUUUCCCCCACCCAAUGCCAUGAGAUAUCUGUGGUGUUUGAACAAUUAUAAUUCUAAAUAACCACAAUAAACAAACACCAAUGGGCGAGUGUGAGAGUUGCAGUCUGAGAGGCAGAGACUGAAAUGGGGACGGAGGUUACUGCCUCUGAUCCCUGCAAUGUGGUGAGAUCCCAUCAGGAGCAGGGAGAGUGUAGGAAGUGGGAGAUGCAGACCUGGAAAACUGCAGGGUUUUCUUUUGAGAGCCAGCCAGCUGAAGCUGAGAACUGUGAACUUGCUGCACUGGGGCCUGAGAGAGACAGGGGCUGUCCUACGAAUGUUGGGUGAAGCCGUCCUGGAAUUGGAAAGGGCUACAUAAAGGAUCAGGCUGAUUAUUAUGAACCAUGUUCAUUACGGUAGGACUUAAGGGCCCACUAAGAAAGGGUCUUCCUUGUGCUAGGCACUGUGCAAACAGAGGAGCAGAUCACAGCCAAGAAGGAAGCCAGGGAACUAAUCCAUAGAUCUGUUCAGCCCUGAAGCCAGGCUGACCCCCACCACCAAGGCCAAAGUGAAUCAAAGAGCCUGACAGCCUAGCUGUCGCCCCUCACCCAGCUAUCACUAUCUCUUGCGUGGGGAUGGCACAGACUCUCUCUGCCCCACUCACUCUUCACGUGCCAGGGACAUCCCCGGGGGUGGGGGGGAGGAUAAAACCCUCUGUUGAGAUUGGAGCUGCUGCUCCUGCUCAUCUCUGGCUCAUGUUAAUCUGAGCUUCCUGCUCUCAGAGCGUUUGCUUCCCUGGCUGGAUCCUGGCCCCUCUCAUGGAUUCACUGCACUUUUCUACCCAUUGUCAAAUGUUGCUCUUUUGCUGGUGCCUGGGGGAGUUGAGAGCAGAGGUGCUGGAUUGAUAACAAGAGCUGUGAACUAGGGUGAGAAGGUUGGAUGAGGCUUGACAAGAACCAAUAGCUGGAGAUUAAAGCCUGACAAAUUCUAAUUAGUAACAAGGCACCAUUUUUUAAACAAUCAUAGAAUAUCAGGGUCAGAAGGGACCUCAGGAGGUCAUCUAGUCCAACCCACUGCUCAAAGCAGGACCAAUCCCCAGACAGAUUUUUGCCCUAGAUAGCCCCUUCAAGGAUUGAACUCACAACCCUGGGUCUAGCAGGCUAAUGCUUGAACCCCUAAGCUAUCCCUCCCCCUGUCACAAUGAGGGUGAUCAACCUUUGGGACAAGCUACCAAGGGACGCGGCGGGUUCUCCAUUACAUCAUGUCCUCAGAUUGCCUGGCUGCCUUCUCUUGAAGAUUUGCUUUAGCCAAACACAGUAAAGGAAUAAAUGGUUAACAUUUCUCUAUCUGUAUUACACAGGUGUUCAAAGAAUCGAUGUGCCUAAAUGAUUAGUGCAGUCCUAGAAUAUUUGAUACUGGUUUGGAUUUGCAGUAAUAUGUACUUCGGUUUUUCCCUUGUAAUAUAUUUGGGGGGGCGGGGAGCUUGGAAGGGUUAGAUUUUUAUCAGUAAAUGUUGGUAAACAUCGAUUUCACGGCGCGCGCGCGCGCGCACACACUCUCUCUCUCUCUCUCUCUUUCUCCAUAGCUGAUCACUGAAAUUUACAGCCAGGCAAAGAAAGAAACCUGCCACUUGAGAACUUCUUAGAGUUUGAUUUAAGGAGAUUUACGUGGUAUAUUUUGACACGUGAUGUUGAGAAUUUGUGUGUAACGGUUAUAAAGCUUUAACGUUUUAAAUCUCAACAUCUACUGUCAUUAAAGGAUUAUUGUCUGGCCCCACCCAUUGUCUGAUGCCCCCUAUAAUUUCCCACAACAGUGACAAUUUAAAUAAAUGAAAGUAAAAUGGUGCUUAAAACCCAUAAUUUUGCGCAACUGGGUACACUGACAUUGGUAAAAAAUGAUUUAAAAUAAAUGUUAUCCAGCAAAAUUAUUUAAAAAAUAUCAAAUUCCUCCAAACAUAUCUAUUUAUAUACCCCUCCUCCUCUCUGCUCUAAUUUCUUUAACAAAUUCCCCCAUUCGGCAAACACUUAUGCUUCUUAUCAAUUACUUCAUUAGUCAUCUGGAUGUUCAUUUUACUACUGACUUGCGUAUAUUUCUGGACUGGCUAUCUUACUUUCAUGGCCCACUUGUCAGUUCUGUUUCCAUGAGCACAUUUCCACAAUAUUAAUAGCUUUCAAAGCCAGAAGGGACCAUUAGCUCAUCUAGUCUGAGCUAUAACAGAGCCCAAAGAGUGUCACCGAGUUUUACUUCUUUAUCGAGUCCAGUCUCUUGUAUUUGUCUAAAGUGUCUCUUUCAGAAUAAUGGCCAGCCGUGAUCUGAAGACAGUUUGCUCCACUGAUUAAAUUUCUCACUGUUGCAAGUUUCUGCCUUAUUUCUCAACUGAAUCUCUCUGGCUGGAGCUUCCAGACAGUUCUUGUUAUUCCUUUCGCAGCUAGAUUUAAAAUCCCUUCAGGACCCAGUACUUGUAUAUCACAAUCACGUCGCCUCUCAGUCGUCCAUUUGAUAAAGGGGUCCUCAAACUUCAGUGCACCGUGACCCCCUUCUGACAACAUAAAUUACUACACAACUCCCGGAGGGGGGACCGAAGCCUGAGCCCACCUGAGCCCCACCACCCUGGGCGCGUGGGUGGAGGAGAGGGGGAGGGAGCCCAAACCCCGCCACCCAGGGCUGAAGCCCUCAGGCUUUGGCUUCAGCCCGGGGUCCCAGCAAGUCUAAUGCCAGACCUGGCGACCCCAUUAAAACAGUCGAGUCCCACGUGGGGUCCCGCCCACACUUUGAGAACCGCUGAAACAGAUUGAACUUUGUCUGUCACCGAAAUGCAUUUUGUCCAGACUUCAGAUCAGGUUUGCCGCUCUUUUCUGUGCCGUUUCCAGUAUUUUCAACAUCUUUUUUAACGUGCAAACACAAGAACUGUAUUUGCUAUCUCACUGCCACUUACGUCGAUGUAAGUUACGUCACUCCGGGGUGCGGAAAAAAAUCACCCCCCACCCCCACCCCCGGAGCACCAUAGCUCACAUUGACCUAAUGCGGUGUCUAUACCGGGCUAUGGCGGCGGGAGACGCUCUCCCAUCGACUCAUCACGUCUUUGCCAGAACCGCUAUAUCGAUGCCUCAGCAUCGACUGCAGCGGUGCUGAUUUAGCACGCAGAAUAGACAAGUCCUCAGUACUGGUCUACCCAAUGCCAUAGCUAGAGGUAAAAUUACCUCCCCACUCCUGUGUUGCCGCAUCGAAGGAUCACAUUAGCCCUGUUUGCCCCAGCAUCACAGUGGGAGCUCACGUUGAGUUGCUUGUCCAUCAUGACCCCUAAACCUUUUGCAGACGUAAGUUAUACCGAAGUAAUUUUGUAGUGUAGACCAGGCCUAACUCUGUUCCACUCCCAUUCUUCCUAAACCGCAGCACUAGCUUGUGUAAAAUCCUCGCUUCCUACAGCAGGAAUGUCAUUUUCUCCGGCGCCAGGCAAAUUACCGGACAUCAACUUUUGUAAAGUACUGGUCUCGUGAAGGCACAUCAACAGCAGAUGACCCAUCGGACACCCUAGAACAAAAGACUCUGUUCAUUGCUCUUCCUACCCUCCAUCCCCACUUCCUCCAUGAGUUGGGGAUAUGCAGGCGUAUUCCUCCUGUCAGGGGGAUUGCAAAGAAAAAGGAAUACACCCCCCCCACACACACAGACACACACACAACAAGAAGGACUAAGUUAUCUCUACGUUGCUGGACUUUGCGAGGGCAAGAUUUCUAAGCAAAAGCAUGGGAUCCCCAGCUAUACAGCCUGGGAUAGCCCUCAAAUACAUGUAAAGUUUGAUUACAAUAGAAACUCUACCUUUCGAAACUAAAGACUGAGAGUCAUUUGUGUGUGUACAUUUAACUGCUUUAACCUUGUAAAUAAUUCCCAUUUUGUUUCCUUAGUUAAUAAAUCUGUAGCUAGUUUUA